CACUCACUAUUAUAUGACUAAGAUUCUCUUCCAACUAACUCUACAAUCACUUCUGUACAAUUAAUAAUUUAUUCCUUCUCCUUUUUCAUUGUUAUUCAUUAGUGAAUUAAUUAUCAUUCCAUCCAUUGCUCGGACGUUUGAUUUAGAUGUUAUCAAAACCUUUUGGGUACGAUUAAGAGAUUAAAAUCAAUAUAACUUGAUAAGGGAUUGGUUGAGAUCCGAAAUCGCAAAAUAUCGCGAGACACAACAAACGAUUCAAGAGGGGGCGUCAUCUUUAAAUCAUCUCGUACCACGCCACAUCUUUUCGAAUACAAAUACAGAUCCCAAUUUCAGUUCCAAUACAAAUACACCUCCCUCAAUCCCUUCACCGACUCUUUUCAACGACAAUCUAAAGGGCUGGUAAGGAAAGAGUGAUACGCUCUUUCAAUCUUCAGAGAUGGCUUGGUCAAAGUCAACGCGCAUUCUGGUCAUGCUAUUGAUCGAUGCCGUAUUUUUUAUCGUCGAAUUAGGUGUUGGUUUAUGGGUUGGAUCAUUGGCAUUAAUGGCAGAUGCUUUUCACAUGGUGAGAUGGUUCAAGAAGGAAUGAAGCUGUCUCUAUUCUAACAUCUAGCUAGUUGAACGAUAUCAUUUCUCUCGCUGUUGGUCUCUGGGCUGUUAAAGCUGCACGAAGAAAUAUUACUGACAAAUAUUCUUUCGGCGUAAGUGGUUACACAAAUCGAGGGCUUCCGAACGGAAAGCUACGUUACCAAGACGGCAACUAACUCUUCUACAGUUUUUGAGAGCCGAAAUCCUUGGUGCCUUUUUCAAUGCAGUCUUUCUUAUCGCCCUGUGCGUCUCAAUUGUUCUCGAAGCUGUCGGACGUUUCUUCGAUCCACCUGAAAUCGGGGAACCAAAACUUAUACUUAUUGUCGGAUCGUUGGGAUUGGCGUCGAACCUUGCUGGGUUUUUCGUAUUAGGCGGACAUGGUCAUUCCCAUGGUCCAGGAGAUGGGCAUUCCCAUGGAGAUGAGGUCGGCGCUGCGGAAGAAGGACAUGCGCACAGUCACACUCAUGAACACGGAUACGAACCAUAUAGAGAUGAGAUUGGCGAAGAAAAUGGAAUCGCAGCGGAGGUAUUUCCCGAAGCCGUCGUCGCAAAAGCCACCGCCAAACGUCAAGUACAAUUUACAGAGCCUGAUGAAGAUGCUUCGACAGCCCGUGAUAGCAGCAGUAUCAUGACUAGAUCGCCGAGCAGAAGCUCCAGACAACACACUCAUCGAAGACGAACAAGCAAAUCUCAAUUUUCUAGCUUGGAUAAUAUAAGCAUUCAUCCGGCAAGCUUUCGACAAGAUAUUAUUGCUGCAAGCAAGACACAAUUGGAUGGAAUUGAUAGCGAGGACUCCAGUGAACCAGAUGAUGAUGUUCAUGUUAAAUCUGGACCCGCACCGGCUGAAGACAGCCCUCUUCUUUCACAUGCUCAUGAUGAUCACUCAGACGCUCACGCUCAUAGCCAUGAUCAUGGGGUUGGAGGCCAUCAUCAUGAACAUCACACAAGUCGUCAGUCUAAGCAUGCGGCCCAUAAUCACAACAAUAAAUCCAAGAAGUCCGGUGGUCAUGGUCACAAUCACGAUGACAUGGGAAUGAACGCCAUGAUUCUUCAUGUUAUUGGUGAUGCUCUUGGAAACGUUGGAGUAAUCGUCACUGCUUUGAUUAUUUGGUUAACUAAUUGGCCUGGUCGUUUAUAUGCUGACCCUGCUGUAUCACUUUUCAUUACCAUCAUCAUUCUUCGAUCAUGCAUUCCAUUAACCAAAGCUACAGCACAAAUCUUACUUCAAGCUACACCUGAUUCGAUCGAUGUCGCUCUCAUCAAAGAGGACAUCGAAAAUUUCGAAGCUGUGAAGGGUUGUCAUCAUGUACAUAUCUGGCAACUCAGCGAUUCUCAACUCGUUGCGUCUAUGCAUAUUCAAGUUGCCUUCCCUAUUGGUGAAGAUGGAGGAGAAAAAUAUAUGCAGCUAUCUAAGGAAAUUCGGGAAUGCUUACACGGUCAUGGUAUUCACAGCGCAACUCUUCAGCCCGAAUUUUGCCUCGACAAAGAUCAUGAUCAUAUCUUUAAUGGUGAAUCCGUAGGAUUAGACGGACAAGCCCAAAACAAAUGCGGAAUGGAGGACGAUGAUUCCUGUUUAUUGGAAUGUGUUGAUAAUUGCAAGGGAAAAGGUUGUUGUUCGGCCCAGGCAGUAGAGCCUCAACAUGACCACUCGGAUCAUGAUGGUCACUCCCAUUAGAUCCGCUUUUUCCUUUUCCCUUUUUCAAUAUGUCUUGAGUUUUUUUCGACAAUGGCACACUUCUUCCCUUGUAAGAUGUUGCUUUCUAGUUGGUUCUUUCUUGGCUUCGUACUUGCAUUGCGGGACUGGGUACAUACAUACUUCUACAGUCCAAUAGACUUGAGCUUUAUUGUGGGUGUUAAGAUUUGCAAUAUGGCCUUAUGGAGGGGAUUGGCUGAAUAAUCUUUGCCGGUGUGGAGGGAAGACAGGCGAUACGAAAGAGAAAGGGGGAUGGAUACAUCAUCUCUUAUUUCGUGAACGAAAGAUGAAAGUCGAGCGAACAUUUUUUUGCUUAAGAUAAUUGGUAAUGGAUGGAGGAAGAAAUUUUUAAUGGUGGACAAGAGAAGAGAAAAUUUUGUACAGUAUGGAUGAAUGAUAUGAUUAGUAGGGUAUAAAAGUUACUUGGUGGGUUUGUUGGGCUGGCUGAUGGAUUGAUUUGCUUGUCGGUUCGCUUGUUUGGUCGAUGAGAUGGAUGGAUGCAAUGCAUGGGAUAGGAGGGAUGAGCAUUACAAUCAAUGAUUUACAUAAAACCCUUCUCUUCUCUCUUUGUGUGCGUACAUAAUUUUAAGUAGUUCUUCCUCAUGAUUCCUUUGUAU